AUGUCCUCAAUUGCUCAAACCAUCCUGCCGAUCGCAGUCCCCAUUACAACGUUUUUCCUUUCCGUCGGUGCUUUCUUCCACUUAGCCAAUGUUCCUCAUCCUCAAAGACUUAUUCUAUCACCAUUGAUGUACAUUCCAGCUGGUGUGUCCUUCGCAACAUCAAAUUGGUGGCUGGGAGACUUAAACAGUCUAUGGGGUCUACUUCUCUGCAUUUGGGUGGGACACUCCACAUCACUCCUAUUUAUUGAGGACCUGCGAGUAUGGGAAGACGGAGACUACUUGGGUCGCAUUUCCAAGCUUGCUCCUCACAUCCCAGGCAAAUACUACAAAGGAUUGAAGCUGUGGAACAAUCCACUUCUCUUGGGGACGUCUUACCAAUUUGUCAAAAUCCCAAAGUCAGCCGCAUGCUCGCCGUCGUUGGCCAGAUUUACAGUGCUGCGAUUAGGGAAGGUCGCUGCAUACGUUGGAGCUUACUUCUACAUCAAAUCCCAUGUUUUCCCUGCAGCGUUUAUCCCGCUCCGGAUAGAUGAGUUUGGCCCAUUACACCAAGUCUACUUUCGACGUUUAUCGUCCCAGAUUGUCCCAAUCACCCUCCGAGAGACAUUGAUGAGAUGUGCCUUUGUCCUGUGGUGGACAUUCUCUGCUGUUGCCAUGCUUGAUUCAGCCCACGCUGCACUCUCACUGCUUUCGGUCAGUUUACUCCGUUUUGAUGAGCCAUCUGAGUGGCCACCGAUUUUCGGCUCACUCGGCCAAGCAUGGACCAUUCGGCGGUUUUGGGGCAAGUUUUGGCACCAGAUAGUUCGUCGGACUUACACAAACUAUGGUGAGUGUAUUUCCCGCAAGAUACUUGUUCUUCAGCCUCGCUCGCUGCCGGACAAGGUCUUGAUUAUAUUUGUUAUCUUUUUUCUCUCUGGUGUGUCUCACGCUGCUGUGUCAUGGCAGCUGGGUGACCAUUGUGGUUGGCCACUAGAUAUAUGGUGGUUUUGUACCAAUUUCGUUGCUGGGCUUUUGGAGGUUGUUGUGACACAGCUGUUUCGGGCACUCAUGAAGAAGGUUGGAAAGAAAUCACAACUAAAAUGGUUGGACGAAAGUAUUUGGAGCCGAGUCUUUGGGUUUGUUUGGGUGUUUUCCUUCAUGUUCUGGAGUAUUCCUAAGUGGCAGUACCCAAAGCUCUAUUGCCACCUUGGCGAUGCAUUAGCACAAACGAGAUAG